AUGGGAGAUGACUCUUGUGGCGGUGGAGGGGUUUUUAGUGAUACCGGAGGGGGGUUCAGCGGCGGUGGAGGGGGUUUUAGUGAUACCGGAGGGGGUUUCAGUGGCGGUGGAGGGGGUUUUAGCGACACCGGUGGGGGAUUUGGUGGCGGCAGUGGUUUCAGUACCGGCCACGGGUUCAACCACGGCGUGCAUCACGGAACCGGGGGUCCUGGGUUCCAUUCCCAGCCACCGCACCACGCAAGUACAACAGCAGUCACCAGCGGAGGUGUGAACAGCUACACCAGGCCCAGGAUCCGGACCGGAGUAGAAAAAAGGAUGGUCGCGUUGGUCUGCAUCUUCAUCUUCGCCGUAAAGUGUGUAGUCGGCGGGAUCGUCCUGACCGCCAUAGGGGCUUCGACCGACAGUCAGUCCGGUUCUCCUCUGUUGCUGGUGAUCGGGCCCGUCCUGAUGUGUGUGGGCUUCGUACUCUUCGUGAUCGGGUCCUUUCGUUUCGCUAGCUGCAAAGACAUGACGACUGCCCGGCAGUCAGGCCAGCCCAUGGACCAGGUGUCUCGGGUUGUGACGUCGUCAGGCGCCCCCCAGCCCGGAGGGGGCCAGACUGUGAUGCUACACCCGAUCUAUUUGGUCGGUCCCGGGGGUCCUAGCGCGUCAGCCGGGGCGGCCCCCCAUCCCACGGCUCCUCCCCACCCCUACCCUGCAGACCCCCCUGCCAUGUCGGGAGGGUAUCCACCGGCGGCCCAGCCCCCCUAUCCCCCGGGAUCCGCUUCCCCACCCACGGGAUACCCCCCUCCUGGCCUGCCUAUAUAUAUAAUAUAUAAAUAA